AUGGGAACAGCAUUAAAUUGUGGUGUUAAAUUACAAAAAUCAGGUAUUCCUCAAAAGUAUUCAUAUAAUGUAUUAGGAACACCGAUUCAAUCAAUUGAAGUUACUACAGAUCGAUGUUUAUUUACACAAAAAAUGGCUGAUAUUGAAGAAAAAGUUGCAUUGAAAUCAGCUGAACGUUUUGGUUAUCCAGUUCUUGUUCGAUAUGUAGAUAUUCUUAAUACUUCUCUUGAAUAUGAAGUUGUUCGAGAUCAAUAUGAUAAUUGUAUUGUGGUAUGGAAUAUGAAAAAUAUUGAUCCAUUAUCAUUUCGUACUGGUCAAUCAAUGGUUGUUGCACCAAUUGUUCGCCAUUUGGGUAUUAUUGGUGCAUGUAAUGCACAAUUUGCAUUAAAUCCAUUAUCUAUGGGAUAUUAUAUAAUUAAAGUAAAUGCAGGAUUAUCUCGUUCAUCUGCAUUUGCAUCAAAAGCAACUGGUCAUCCGUUAGCAUAUAUAACAGCUAAAAUUACACUUGGACAGAAUUUAGCUGAAUUAACAAAUAAUAUUACAAACGUAGCAUGUGCUUGUUUUGAACCAAGCCUUGAUUAUGUUGCAAUUAAAGUUUCAAGAUGUGAUUUAAGCAAAUCCAAUCGAUGUUCAAACGAAAUCGAAAGUUCUAGGAAAAGACUUGAUGAAGUUAUGUUUAUUGGUAAAUCAUUUGAAGAAGCUUUUCAACAUGCUUAA